GUACUAAAAUAACGGCGUUAAACAAAUCUAGGCACCAGACAGAAUACGCCCAAGGUAUUCCGGAGCACGUGGAUGGUAGCAACAGUAGACUGCAGACAGUAGACAAUACACAGUAUCUACUCGCAUGAAGCAUGUUUCGGAGGCUGUCCCAAGUUCCUCGUGUGUUUGAGACAAACACAACAAUCCAACAUCUUCCAAACAAGUGGCAAUUUUAACAGGCCAAGGGCUUAGACCAGGAUAGCGUUUGACAAGUGAAAGCACCGAGUCACGCCAUCAGCGUCAAGGACAAAUCCGACAUUUUGACGCGCUAGACAAGGAAGUGCUUCUGUACGUCUGACCGACCCAGGAUGUCCUACAAGGUUGAAACGGUUCUAAAGGACGCUGCGUCCACCAUCGGCGAAAGUCCACACUGGGACGACGCCACGCAGACGUUGCUCUACGUUGAUAUUCUCAAGGGAGACGUUCACAGAUACGACCCCGUCACUGGCAAAGUCGACUUCAUCCAUCUAGUCGGCGAUAAUGUGGGGUUCGUUGUUCCUCGCGGCAAGGGGGGACUGGUAGCAGGGCUCGGCCAGGCGUUUGUAUCAGUGGACUGGGAGACGAAGGCGGUGACUAAACUGGCGGAGGUAGAUCCUGGAACGAACAACAAGCUGAACGACGGGAAGUGUGACGCUAGAGGGAGGCUGUGGGCAGGUACAAUCGACAGACAGCUGGCGCCCAACAAGGGUAAGCUGUACUGCAUGGACACUAACGGAAGUGUCACCAAGAAGGAGGAGAACCUGACCAUUUCUAAUGGCAUGGCGUGGUCCCCGGACAACAAGACCAUGUACUUCAUCGACACAACACCUCGCGAAGUAUACGCCUACGACUACGACAACGAUACGGGAAACAUAUCCAGUCGUCGAGUUGUGGUUAAUUUCAAAGACAUCCCCGAACUGAGCGGCGAGAACGUCAUAGGCCCUGACGGCAUGACGACUGACACAGACGGAAAUCUGUGGGUGGCCUGCCUCAAUGGCGGAUGUGUGGCUAAAAUUGAACCAAAUUCAGGAAAGCUGUUGCAGACAGUGGACAUACCCGACGCAACUAGAAUCACCUCUGUGUGUUGGGGCGGAAAGAACCUUGACGAGCUCUAUGUCACAAGUCUGAAAAUGCAUCCUACAAGCGCCAGAUUUCCACUGAUCGACUCCCAGGAUGGUUCGUUGUUCAGAGUUACCGGCCUUGGAUCACGUGGUGCACCUGCAGAAGUGUUUCGCGGGUGAAACUUUCAGAGGAAUCCUGACCACCAAUCUUCCGAGAUGAUGAAAUAAACAGUAAAAGUUUCCAGCCAUUUCCCGUGGAUCUGUAGUGUUAGGUAUGCAGGGUUAAUCAGAUGCAGCUGCAAUAUGUGUUAAAUGAACCAUUGGAUGACAAAAGUCAAUACUAUAGUUCCGUUGGGUUAAAAUGUGUCACCAGGUUCUAUCUGUGUACUUAUACCUGGUGCAGUAGUAUCUAGCGAUGGUUCGGGGUAACCUUUGGGAAUACAUAUAUAAACGAAACAUAGAUCAAGGUCAAGAUCAAGGUUCUUUAUUCAGUAUUUUGAGCCAUGUGGCCUAGAGUACAAUUACAAUUACAAUAAUUGCAGCGUCACGUGAUGUCUGGAAAAUAAAUACAAGUAGUCUUAUUUCUCAUUAAAUACAUGAUUUAAGUAUAAGGCCAAAGCCUUUACAAUGUUGAUAUUUUUGGAGUUGAGUAGAUUACAGAAACUGUGAUUAUCAUGAUGGACAUUGGAUAACCAAGGCAAAUAGUGGUUUCUGACAGAAGAAUAUUUUGAACAUAUAAACAAAACAUGAAAUUCAUCCUCUAAUUGCCUCCCUUUACAGUGGAUACAUAGAUAUAGACUCAAGUCUUCAUUUGUAUGUUUUGACUUUCGUAGCAUGUAAACAUAGACACAGUAUCAUACAAUAACGGAGUAGCUGUGCUUCAUAUAAAUUUCAAUAAAAAUAUAUGUAUCUCUUC